GUUACAAAGUGAACCCGAUUUCCUUGAAGAGCUGGUGUUUGGAAGUGGAGACACCAUCGAACUUCUCUGUGACCCUCCAGGUUCUUCUGUGUCCGUCUUCUGGUACAAAGAUGGCACUGGGAUAUCGCCUACUAACCGGACUCAUGUUGGGCAAAAAUUGUUGAGGAUUAUCAAUGUGUCCUACGAUGACACAGGCCUGUAUACCUGUAAGACGAGGCACUCCCUUGAAAUGCUCAGGAACUUCACAGUUAGAGUAACUGAUCCUCCAUCAUCGGGUGAUGAUGAAGAUGAUGACGAUGAAUCUGAAGAUGGAGGUAAAUCUGCCCCUUACUGGACACGUCGGGAGAGGAUGGAACGGAAGCUUCUGGCGGUACCUGCUGCAAACACAGUUCGCUUUCGUUGCCCGGCAGCAGGCAAUCCCUCUCCUUCCAUACACUGGUUGAAAAAUGGCAGAGAAUUCAGAGGAGAACACCGGAUUGGGGGCAUCAAACUGCGGCACCAGCAGUGGAGCCUUGUCAUGGAGAGUGUGGUUCCGUCUGACCGAGGCAACUACACCUGCGUCGUGCAGAAUAAAUAUGGCCGCAUUCAACAUACUUACCAACUCGAUGUUCUUGAAAGAUCACCCCAUCGUCCCAUCCUCCAGGCCGGACUGCCUGCCAACCAGACAGUAGUGGUUGGAAGCGAUGUGGAGUUCCACUGCAAGGUGUACAGCGAUGCUCAGCCCCACAUCCAGUGGCUGAAGCAUGUGGAGGUGAACGGUAGCAAAUACGGAGCAGACGGGACUCCUUACGUCACGGUUCUGAAGUCUUGGAUCAGUAAAAACGCUGAAGCUGAUGCUAACCUAAAUCUGUUCAGUGUGACAGAACAAGAUGAAGGCGAAUAUCUAUGUAGAGCCAACAAUUUCGUAGGCAGAGCCGAAAAAUCAUUUUGGCUCAACAUUCGCAAACCAGACCCAGCAGAAGAGCGCGUGGCAGUGGACGACUCCAGCUCCCUUUACGCAGGCAUCCUGAGCUAUGGGACCGGUUUCGUUCUCUUCAUCCUGGUAGCGGUGGUGGUGAUCAUUUAUAGGAUCAAAAGGCCAGCCAAAAAAGCCAUGAACGCCACUGCCAUCCAGAAAGUCUCCAAAUUCCCGCUCAAGAGACAGCAGGUGUCUUUGGAAUCCAACUCCUCCAUGAAUUCCAACACUCCUCUGGUCAGGGUAACCCGCCUGUCCUCCAGCGAUGGCCCGAUGCUGGCCCACGUUUCAGAGCUUGAGCUGCCCGCUGACCCCAAGUGGGAGUUGGCAAGAUCACGCCUAACGCUCGGGAAGCCGCUGGGCGAGGGCUGUUUUGGUCAAGUCGUGAUGGCAGAAGCUAUUGGGAUCGAUAAGGAGAAGCCAAACAAGCCAAUAACCGUAGCUGUCAAGAUGCUGAAAGAUGAUGCCACAGAUAAAGAUCUUUCUGACUUGGUCUCGGAAAUGGAAAUGAUGAAAAUGAUUGGCAAGCACAAGAACAUCAUCAAUCUGUUGGGCGCUUGCACCCAGGACGGCCCUCUCUAUGUGCUGGUGGAAUACGCUUCCAAGGGGAACCUGCGGGAAUACCUGAGAGCACGCCGGCCUCCUGGGAUGGAUUACUCUUUCGAUACCUGCAAGCUGCCGAAGGAGCAGCUAACGUUUAAAGACUUGGUCUCCUGUGCCUACCAGGUGGCCCGCGGGAUGGAGUACCUGGCGUCACAGAAAUGCAUCCAUCGGGACUUGGCGGCUCGAAACGUCUUGGUCACCGAAGACAACGUCAUGAAAAUCGCUGACUUUGGCCUGGCUAGAGAUGUUCACAACAUCGAUUAUUACAAGAAAACAACCAAUGGUCGGCUGCCCGUGAAAUGGAUGGCACCAGAAGCGUUGUUUGAUCGGGUCUACACUCAUCAGAGUGAUGUGUGGUCUUUUGGAGUGCUGCUUUGGGAGAUCUUCACUUUAGGAGGGUCUCCGUACCCAGGAAUUCCAGUUGAAGAACUGUUUAAGCUCUUAAAGGAGGGCCAUCGGAUGGACAAGCCAGCAAACUGUACCCAUGAUUUGUACAUGAUCAUGAGGGAAUGCUGGCACGCCGUGCCUUCACAGAGGCCGACUUUUAAACAGCUAGUUGAAGACCUGGACAGGAUCUUAAUAGUGACCUCAACUGAUGAGUACCUUGACCUGUCGGUGCCUUUCGAGCAGUAUUCCCCAGUAGGUCAGGACACGCCCAGCGCAUGCUCGUCAGGAGACGACUCUGUCUUUGCCCACGAUCUUCUGUCUGAUGAGCCCUGCCCUCCAAAACAUCAAGCAAACGGCAUCAUCCUGACAUGAUGACAGAUGGACCUGGGGAGGGGGAAAUAAAGAGACUCUUGAAUGUAUCCUUUGGUGAGGCCCGGAACAAACUCAGUGGAAUGGUAGAGCACACAUUU